AUGGACGACGACAACGUUCACACGCCGGAGGGUUCGACGGAAGAAUCUGAUUCGGAGGUUGAAGACGACGGUGACGUUGUGAAUUACAGUGCACAUUUUGUGACAGACACGGUUUUUCUAACGUUUGACGAUGCAGUUACAUGGGCGGAUGCUGUUGCAAUAAAUCUGGGAUUUAUUUUGGUGAAAUCGUCUUUCAACAAACAGAGGGAUGGUCGACCAGUUCGAUAUUUAAGAUGUGACCGGGGACGCAGGAGUAAGCCGAGAGAUCUUGAGAACGCAAUUCGGAAGGACACCAAAACCAAGGGUAUUGGUUGUCUUUUCUACAUCAAGAUAUGUUACGAGUUCGUCACCAAUACUUGGUUUAUCCGGGUGAAAGAUGAUGUAACUGGGACCCACAACCAUCCAAUGAUUGCGCAUCCAGAGGGUCAUCGUAAAAUUAGUGGGUUGAGCCCGAAUGCGAAGCAGGUUGUGCGUGACAUGACGAAGUCUAAGGUUGCACCGCGUAACAUCAUGGGGACUAUUGCGGAGCAAUUUCCUGAUGAUCAUCCAAGCAUCAGACACAUCUACAACUGCCGAAAUGACUUCAGAGAGGAGAUGUCUGAUGGGAGAGGAGUUGUUCAGCAAUUUCUACAUUUGGCGAGACAGAGUCAGUAUGUUUACUGGGUCAUGUCCGAUGAUGAAGGCGUUUUACAACACGCCUUUAUGGCGCAUCCAGUCAUGGUAGACAUCCUACGGACGUACCCCUAUGUGAUCGGUAUGGAUUCCACUUACAAGACUAACCGAUACGGGAUGCCGUUCUUUGAGAUAGUUAGCGUGACACCAACAAAUCAGAAUUUUCUCGUCGCUUACGUGUUCAUGCGCAACGAGAGCACGGCAAGAUAUCGAUGGGUUUUGCAGAGGUUGAGAGACGUGAUUGGGUAUAAUAAGGAGCCAUCGGUUUUCUUGACAGACCGUGAGCUUGGGCUAUGUGCUGCAUUGAGGGAAGUGUUUCCAGGAACCUCGCACUUACUUUGUCGAUGGCACAUUAACAAAGAUGUGGAGGCUCGGGUCACUGCUAUGUUCAAAAGCAAAAAAAUCGGUGCGUCUUUCAAAAACGGAAAAUGGAAACGUAUCAUGGACGCUGCAACCGAGGAAGAUUAUGAGGCCGCUAGAACACAUGGCUUUUUCAUAAAACGAAGUUCGUGA